UGCUGCCACUCAGCGCGGGGAGGCGGGCGCAGGUGUCCGAUGGACGAGCGGAAGGUGUCCGUGUCCGAGCUGCUCAACUCCAGCAUUUACCUGUUCGGAUGUGUGCUGGAGGAAGGACGAAAGGAAUACAAAUUCCAGGUGCAUGAUGAUCGGAUGGCACACCAACUCAUUCUAAGGACGGUAUGUGUGGGCGCAGAAACAAAAGAUGAGCUGCACGUCAUUGAGCUAGAGGCUAUGAACCCGAAUGGGAAAAUGAUCAAGGUGCCUUUGACGUCUCUGAAACCAUCCAUUCUAACUACAACCGUCCUGGGAGGGUUUGAGGUGUCCCCUCCAGUGUGUUUACGUCUGAAGACUGGUUCAGGUCCCAUCUACAUCAGCGGAGAGCACAUUGUUGGUGUAUCUGACUCUGACUCUGAAUCAGAAUCUGAAUCUGAAGAGAAUCACCAGCUGAAAUCUCCUGUGAAGAAGGAACUUAAACUUGCAAUGUCCCCCAGCGCACAGCACCCUGUUAAGAAAAAGCUAAAACUAGAAAAGUCAGUAAAAGAUAAGGUGAUGAAUGAUAAAGUUGAAAAUGAAGAUGACGAUGAAGAUGACGAUGCUGAUGAUGAAGAUGAAGAUGAUGAUGAUGAUGACGAUGAAGAUGAGGAGGAAGAUGAAGAGGAGGAGGAUGAAGAUGAAGAUGAUGAUGACGACGAUGAGGAGGAGGAUGACGAUGAGGAGGAGGAGGAAGAGCUUGUGAAGACUCCUCUGAAAACAUCCAUUAAAACUCCUGAUACAAACCGAAAACAGGAAGACAAAUCAAAAGAAAUGAAAUCUGCCAAGGUUUCGCCCACUGUCGAUGAAAUAAAAACCAAACUGAAGACCAUGGUCGAGAAGGGACAGCACCUACCGAAGACAAAACAGAAGUUUCAAAACUUUAUACAAAGCUCAUUACGAUUUGGAGACCAAAAAGCCAUUGGAGAACUCUGGGCCUGGGGGCAGAAGUUGAAGCAGAUCAAGUGAGGGAUCUCGGAAAGUAGCCAAUGAGCUUUUUGAAUGAUUCUCUCAUCAUUUCAGAAUAGUCAAUGGCCUUCCUUUGUUUUCCCAAGGGAUGUUUAUUUUCUUGUCAGGUCCUUCUGCUCGGCAUAGUUUGCAUCACGUUGACAGCCUCUAAGCUAUUUUCUUUUCUCAUUUCCAUGAAACCGGCUGACUGCGUUGGUAAAUGUUUGGUAGCUGACAAACCUCUCAGUUCUUCUAAUAAAAAAGGUCAAUGGUU